UACCAUAGCAGCGAGUUUCGGAGGUGGAGCAAAAAGGGGAACUUACUCUUGAAAGGCGCUAUAGUUCAAAUGUUUCACUACAUCCGCUUUCACAGAGAAUUCUGCGAGAGAGUCACCACGCCAAGACCACCACCACUACGCCAAGUAAAAGCUUUUCCCGCUGUCUGUCCAACACUCACUCAACAAGCUAGGUUAUUUCGGAAACUAAAGAUGACACCCAGGGACAGGGACGACAUUGACAUCCUCCGUACACCUUGCCUCUUAUCAGAGGCCUAUCAACUGACACGUUGUGUGACCACAAUCCGGGAGGCUGGAGCACUAGAGAACGGCACAGAUGAUAUCCUUAUCAAACAGCAAGAAGCCGGCAGCGAACACAAGACGUCUACAGGACGCCGUGGUUUGUUUAGCUCUCUGGAACGCUUGGCAAACUGGUUUGGUAGAGAUGAAGAAAUGGAUGAGGAUUUACUAAGUGUCCCAUGGGAUACCACGAUGAAGCUAGACGAAGAAACUAUCUACUUAAAACGUUCCCCUGCGCAACACAACAUACUCGUGUUCGGCCCUGGCGCUCCCUAUACUCUCAGAAAGGGGUACCGAAUGAGUCACCAUCUCCAAAAUAACGCCUUACCGUUACUGGUCUGCCGUAUUGCAGAAGAUGACAACGAUGACACCCUGACUCCCAUCUUCCAUGUCCGCCAUGGCGCAGAAAAUAAACAAUCUCGAUGGGACUCCCUCAUUCAACAACUUCUGAAAGAAGACGCUGCGACCGUAAGUGUUGUUGGCCACCCCGACAAGAGAAACGGUCGAGGGGAACAACAUUUUCACGCCGGCCCAAUACAAGUGCUGAUCGUGGGGAAAACAGAAGGUUGGUUUGAUGAAGAGUCUGAAAAAUUCAGCUACAUCAGAGGUAAGAGGCAACAAAUUUGGAGGAACUCCCUUACUGACGGAUGUAGGGUUGUUGACGUGUGGCGCCCAGAAAAUGAAGCCGUCUUUACUUCGGGUCAAUCUUCGCGUCAACUGAAAAUUCAACCACAGGAAAGCAAGAGUUGCCAGGAACAAGACCAACAUACUGCUGAACAGUUGGUGACUGACCCAGAUGACAGUCAUGGCGAUGAAGACGACAAAGACUACUUUGCUCGUAUGACUGAAGCCUACAGGAAGAAUUUUUGUGAAGAAGCAGCUGACCUGUUCAUCCGAACCAUGGAGGCAGGGCGGUGGGCCGACAUCGUCCGUCAGCUCAACUUCACCAAGGCUAGAGCCGACCAACUGUUCGAAGACAGUGUUAGUACACUGAAACAGAAGGCAGGCGAGGCUUAUGACUCCCACCCCCACCAUAGCAGCCCUCCUGAAAGCCUGUUUCGGGUCCAAGAGCUCUUGGUUAGGGAGGCUGUUUUGACGCUUGCACAAAAUUGUCGCCAAGAAAAUGUGAUUUCGCCUCAAUUUUUUGAGAAAAAAUAAGUGACAUGCGGCAAGGAAUGAUCACCACAAAUACAGUGUGCUUUUAUCAGCAGCUGUAAAAUUUCUUUAGAUGUAUUGUGCUUAGUAGAUGUGCCCUGGAUGGAAAGUCAUGUAAUUGUGUGAUUAUGAAGCAGUAUGUAGACUGUUUGUGCUAGUUUUUAAGUCAUUCGCUUUUCAUGUGAAAGAUUAAAACUAAUUCCUCUUGAACUUCACCCUCCCCGCCUUUCCAUUGUGUAAAUGCAUGGACACCAUGUAUAUGCAGAUCAGGAUGAAGAAGAAUAUGGCCUAUCAAAGUGUGUCAAACCUUUCCUUUCUUUUUUGGCCCUUUAGCUCCGUAUUAUGACACAACGCUGAAGUGCGCAAGGUUCUGACAAAAUUUCGCAACUGUGCCAAUUUUUAGAGGAGACAGCAUCUUUUCUCAUUCCCCUCCCCAUAUUAUGAACGUAUUAUAAUUAUUUGCAUAUAUUAAGUAUACAAUAUUGAUUUAUCAUAGUCAAAAUCUAACUUCAAUGGGUUUUUAAUUUGGAUAAGGGUACAUGUUGUAUAUGUAUACCAGAUAAAAAUAAAAAUACUCGUAUAUAUAUCAGGGCUUGAAAGGUUACGGUCAUGUAAUUUAGAACAAUCUCGUGUCUAUUAUCAUACAAUAUUAGAGGUUUAUGAGGAAUGAUUUCAUCGAUAAAAGGUGGGGAAGGUGUACUACUCAUCAACAGCCAGGUAGGUGUGAUGGUGAUGAUGAAAUAUGAUACUGGCAUGAUAGAUAUAGUUUGGAAUACAUCCAUAAAACUUACCGUGUCUAUGUCUGUGCGUGCCACGUUGUAUCAGUUUAUCCAUGGCCACAAUGUGUGAUUUUUUUGGUU